GCGGCCCGCGCAGCCCGCACUCGCCGCGGCGCCUCGGAGUUUGAGCCCCGCGCGGCCGGAGCGCAGGCACGCCCGGGGCGCGGGGUCGGAGCGUGCAGCGCGGCGCCGCCCCCCGGCCCUCGGCCCCCAAGCCCGGGCGCCCCCGGAGCGGCGCGCGGAGGGAGGAGGGCGGGCGGGCGCGGCGGGCCGGGCCGGCGGGCGGCGGACUAUGAGGCGCCCACCAUGGUGCGAUGCGACCGCGGGCUGCAGAUGCUGCUGACCACGGCCGGAGCCUUCGCCGCCUUCUCACUCAUGGCCAUCGCCAUCGGCACCGACUACUGGCUCUACUCCAGCGCGCACAUCUGCAACGGCACCAACCUGACCAUGGACGACGGGCCCCCGCCCCGCCGCGCCCGCGGCGACCUCACCCACUCGGGACUGUGGCGGGUGUGUUGCAUCGAAGGGAUCUACAAAGGGCACUGCUUCCGGAUCAAUCACUUCCCCGAGGACAAUGAUUACGACCAUGACAGCUCCGAGUACCUCCUUCGCAUUGUGCGAGCCUCCAGCGUGUUCCCCAUCCUCAGCACCAUCCUGCUCCUGCUGGGAGGACUCUGCAUCGGCGCUGGCAGGAUCUACAGCCGCAGGAACAACAUCGUGCUCAGUGCUGGCAUCCUCUUUGUGGCUGCAGGCCUCAGCAACAUCAUAGGCAUCAUCGUCUACAUUUCCAGCAACACAGGCGACCCCAGUGACAAGCGGGACGAAGACAGGAAGAACCACUACAACUACGGCUGGUCCUUCUACUUCGGGGCCCUGUCCUUCAUUGUGGCCGAAACCGUGGGCGUCCUGGCUGUAAACAUUUACAUUGAGAAAAAUAAAGAGCUGAGGUUUAAGACCAAACGGGAAUUCCUCAAGGCCUCUUCCUCGUCCCCUUAUGCCAGGAUGCCGAGCUACCGGUACCGGCGACGGCGCUCCAGGUCCAGCUCCAGGUCCACCGAGGCCUCGCCCUCCAGGGACGCAUCUCCCGUGGGCCUCAAGAUCGCCGGGGCCAUCCCCAUGGGCGAGCUGUCCAUGUACACACUGUCCAGGGAGCCCCUCAAGGUGACCACGGCGGCCAGCUACAGCCCCGACCAGGACGCCGGCUUCCUCCAGGUGCACGACUUCUUCGAGCAGGACCUGAAGGAGGGCUUCCACGUCAGCAUGCUGAGCCGGCGGACCACCCCCGUGUGAGCGGCCCACCCCUCCUCUCCUCUCAGCACCGGCCUC